UUCAAGGAUAAAGCAGGAGAUUAUAGGAUAAGAGUGCUGGCCAGAGCUUGAAAAUAUUGACAGUGCUGUUAUUUGUGAGGUAGAGAUAUUCCAGAGCCCUUUAAAUUUGAAUCGAGUAGAGAUUAACCUGUUGGUUUUCUUUCUUUUUUUAUUUUUCAACCGUUGAACUUCGGACUCAAUUGAAGGGAAGCCCUUAAUUGAAUUUUAGGAGUAUGCUGUCAGAGGAAGAAAGCCAGGAGCUACUAGCCAUUAGUACAUCGAAUGUACUGUUACUGUCUAUCAGUGGAACGAAUUCGUGGGAGAAGUUGAAUGCAGUUGCAUCAGAACAACAGAAUAAGACCGAUACGAUUUUGAAAAAAGUCAUCUUGUUUAUAAAGACCCAAUUUCUUCGACAACCAAAUAGAUUCGAGGAGUUUGUGUUAAGCUCCGAGUCCAACGAUUGCUCUUUAGUGGCCAAAUAUGCAAAGGUUUCUCGUAUCGAUUUGAGCAAACAAUCUGCGAUAUCGGUUGAUUCAGUUCAUUUACAAACAUUACAUAUCCCCCAUCCGUUAAUAAACUUCAUGAAGAACGAGGCGAAUCAGCCGGAUGUCGGAUCCAACGAGUCGAUAUUAUCAGAAUUGACCGAGAGUCCGGUUCUUUUAUUUGUCCACGGAUUGGGGGGACAAAUGUCUCAAUUCGAACCUUUGAUGGGGUUAUUAUCACAAAGCUCAGAGAUAUUCUCAUUAGAUUUGCCAGGGUUUGGUAAUUCAAAAGUCGACUUUAAAAACGCUGGUAAAUUUGUUACGCCGUUGAGUCAAAAUGAACAACAUGAAAUAAGCAAUAGCAUCUCAAAACUUAGUUGGAAUGAUUUUGCAACGGAGAAUAUUGUCAAUAUAAUCUAUGAGUUUAUACAACAAAAUAUUCCACCAGAGAAAAAGCUUAUUUUGAUAGGACAUUCGAUGGGUACCAUUCUCCUGACAAAAUUAGCGAAAAAAUUACCCAAAUCUAAAGUUGAAGGAUUAAUUUUAUUGAGUCCACCACCAUUAGUAGAUGAUAUAUCACAGCCAGAACAAAAACCUAAAUCAAAACUGUUGGGGCUUCUUUCAAUGUUGAAGUUUUUCAGUUUUUUCCCAUUUAUUUUCAACAUGUUUAGAGUUUGGGACAGACUUCAAGCUCUUGAAAGUAAAAGUGUUUUGAGACAGUUAACUCCUAAUUCCAACAUUUAUAAUAGACUUCGCCAAUUCCGUUGGAAUAUAGAUAUAAACUCUGAAAUUGUUUUGAAAUAUGUAAAUGGUUUCCAAAAGGCCACUUAUUCUGAUUUAAUUAGUGCCAUUUCCAAAUUUAAUGAUAAUCCACAAGAUAAGACAACUUAUGAGAAAACUUUGAUUAUCGGAGGUGCUAAUGAUUCCGUUACUCCGAUUAAAACAAUAUCUGAAAUUGGCGAUUCCCUAACUAAUUUUUUCCAAAGGAAAGUAUCCGCCAGUAUUAAAGUCAAUAAUGCCGGGCAUUCAUUACUAUUGAAUAAACCGGAAUUCAUAAGUGGUAUUAUUCUAAAUCAUUUGGAAGCCAAUUUUCCUGAAAGACUCCAUCUAUCACCUGCAUGGGUAUUGAAAGUUAAAGCAAGCAUCUCUGGUGAUAAAUGGGGGUUGAAAAACGAAUUGAAAUGGCUGCAAUUAAAACCAUUGUCCUUCAAUAUAACGAGAAACUAUGGGAAAGAUGUAUCUCCCUUACUAGGGAUGAAGACUUUAAGAGAAGGAGAUUCUCAUCAUUCUCCAGUGGUGCUAGAAAACCAAUUUUAUGACGAAAAUGUUAUAAACACCAUAAGAGGCAAAUUGAUUGCAAUUGUUGAUAUCUCUGCAGACAUUCCUCCUUACAGUCCCAAAUCAUUCACCAAAAUUAAGUAUUACAAGUGUGCAACUGUCUCCAAAGUGGUUCCAGACCAAGUUGCAGUUCGAAGAUUUAUACAAUUAAUCGAUGACAUACUAGGAUCAAAUACUGAGGAAUUGCCCUUGAUUGCAGUUCAUUGUCAUUACGGAUUCAAUAGAACCGGGUUCUUGAUUUGUUGUUACCUUAUAGAGAAAUUGGGUUGGUCAGUGCAAGAUGCUGUGGAAGGUUUUAAAAAUGCCAAACCUCCCGGUAUCAAACACCCCCAUUUCAUUGAUGCCUUGUAUGUCAGAUACGAUUCGUCCUAGAAGUUUGUAUUUCCUUAUAUAAUCCAUAUGUAUUUUUAAAGAAGGGCCCCACCUGCCUACUUAACCGAAUUGUUGUAGAGCUUCACUUCGUAGCCUAGG